UUCUCCAGCCCUGAAGUUCAUUAUUCCCAUGUUGUUAUACAUAAAUAUUUGUUGUUUUUUCACUCCGAGCAGUAAUAAAUCCGUAAUAACCGUCUCAAGUUAUAAACUAAUUGUUCAAACGUUCUCCUCUUGAUCAAACAGUGUAUAAAUCAUUCGUUCAAUGAAGGAUGGAGCGUAAAUAGUAAAUAUAACCUCCAAAUGGCGAUCUCUCGCAUCAGCUCCUCCUGAGAAUUCAUAAAUGGUCAGGAAUACUACGUAAAUGUUACUCAAAGAUGCCACCACGCUCUUUCUUCACCAGUUUCUGUGUUGUUGUGAGUUUCCGGAUCAGUGUUGACAAUCGUCGAACAAGCCAUUAUUAAUUGUCUGUGGAGUUUAGAAGCGCAGAUUGAUUUAUAGACCAGUACAUAUCUACAAUGGCUGAAUUGGUCCCCGUUUGUGCUGUGUGUAGCUGUGAGUUUGGCGGAAUAGAGAAGGAGACUAUUAUAAAAAAAGUAGGAUUGAACAAUUUCAUAAACUCUAGUAAAGAGCGAGGUGACAAUAAGUGGUUAAAUUGGGAAGAUUGUGAACAGAUCGUAGUGCAUGAAUCGUGUCGGCUCAGUUAUAUCUCGAAUAAAAGUGUAACGGCAGCCAAAAAGAGAAAAUUAUCUGAUGCCUCGACAUUAAAUUCUCCAACUCCGGCGUCCCCCCAGUUUGAUUUUUCAACCUCAUGCAUCAUUUGUGGUACCAUUUGCGACAAGAUAAUUGAAUCGAAGAAACCAAAAAAUCGAAGACGUGUUAUCUAUUCUAUCACGGCUAACUCAAAAUGGAGGGAACGUCUGCUGAAGGCUUCGGAGUCGCUCGACGAUGAACUCUCGUUGAAGGUUCAAGAACGUCUGGAACCUGUUCCUGAUUUAAAUUCUGUUGGAGCAAAGUAUCACCAGGAUUGCCUCAACACCUUCCUAAGUACACGAGAGAAUAAAGAAAAAGACAAUAUCAAUCCCAGGAAUAGUCGCUACAUUGCUCAAUUUGACCGUCUAUUUGCAACAUUCGAAGAUUCCGAAGAUUGUCAAUGGUCUCUGGACAAAAUUUUGGACAUUUUGGGUGAGCCGUCACCAAGCAAAAAGUACAUCCGACAGGUAUUAGAAAACAAAUAUGGUGACAACAUCAUUUUCAGUUCUCGGGGGAGGGAAAAAACGAUCGUGACCUUGAAAGGAUAUGGAGAUCGUCUUUUGAUGGAUUUCUUCAAAAGUAGUCUUCCUGUUGAAAACGAUGAAGAACGGAAGCAAGAUGUUCUGAAGUUGGCCGCUCAGUAUAUUAGGGAAGAUAUACGUGCGUGCGACACUGAAAUGGAAUAUUAUCCAGCUGUCACCGAUUUUUUUUCUCAUGAGAAUAUUAAANGAAAAAACGAUCGUGACCUUGUAAGGAUAUGGAGAUCGUCUUUUGAUGGAUUUCUUCAAAAGUAG